UGACGUCAGAGGUGGGCGCGGAGGGGCAGUGACGAAGGCGGAAGUGGUGCCUAUGAAUUGCUGCAAGAAGAUGCGCUGAGGGAGCCUUCUUCCAUUCGUGCCUCUCUGCCCCGCGAUGGAGCUGCAAGAUGGUGGUCAAGAAAUGCCAGCCUCUUCAGCCACAAUUACACCAGGGAAAUCAAAGCUGGACACUCUGCCCAAGGAAGAUCUUAUAAAAUUUGCAAAGAAGCAAGUGGUGUUAAUACAGAAAGUGAAGUCAAGAUGCACAGAAUUAGAGAAAGAGAUUGAAGAGCUGAAAACAAAAUCUGUAGGAGGAACUGAUGAUGUUAUACAGGCUCUCACAGAGAGACUGGAUGAAGUUCUUCUGGAAAAAGCAGAAAUUCAGCAACAGUGUCUCGCUCUUAAAAAAGAGAAUGUGAAAAGACAACAAGAAGCAGAGGUUGCUCUGGCUAAGGAAGAAGAAAUGCAGAAGCAAGUUGCACAAGGGAACACUGUUUACCUGAAUGAAAUUGAAAGCCUUAAAAAUGAAAUUGUCACAACACAGUCAAAAUAUGCUGAAAUUAUAGCCUCACUGCAAAAGGAGCUGCAUGAAGGACAGAAGAAACAAGAGCAGCUCACUGAACAGCUUGAAUGUUCUAGUAAUAAACAUGAAGAAAUGAACAAACUACAGGAAGAGGUGAAUCAAUCAAAAGUCAUCUAUGAAGAGCAGAUACUGGAACUAAAGAAACAGCUGGAAGCUUCCAGUGAGGGUAAGGAAGAGGCAAUUGCCAAACUGCAAGAUGUUAUUGAAAGUAGUUCCCAGUGUCACCAAAAUGAAAUAAAGAAAUUAGAUGAAGAACUCCACAAACUGAAGACUGCUCACCAGAAGGAGGUGUCAGAGCUGAAGCAUCAGUUUGAAACCUCUGCUAAAGCAUAUGAAGAAGAGCGCAACAUAUUAGGCCAACUAAAGCAGGAUUUAUUAGAGGAGCACAGAGUAAAAGAGAAAGACAUGCAGGAUGAAUUGCAUGCUUGUAAGGAAAAGUAUGACCGUGAACUGGAAUACAUAAGGCAGACUUUAGCUAAAGAUGAAGAAAUGGAGACUACAAUUGUGGAAUCGGAACCAGAGAUAGCAGAAAAGACCAAACACUUAGAAAAUGCUUUAAAGGAAUUGCGAUCCCAACACAGUAUACUAAGAGAUGAAUUGACCUAUAUGAAUAAUGUUAAAAUGAAACUGGAAGUGGAACUCCAACAUGCAAAGGAUGAAUACUUUCAUGAGCGGGAAGAUUUAGAGUUCAAAAUUAAUGAACUCCAACUUGCUAAAGAGGAUCACUGUUGUGUAACCGAGAAGCUAAAAUCUGAGCUUCAAGCAGCUAGGGAACAAUAUCAGAAAACUGUAAAAGAGAACAGUCUGGAAAUCCAAGAAUUGGUUGAAAAGCAUAGACGAGAUAUCUCUGAGAUUAAAGAAACGGUAUCCUAUACUUUACAGACAGAGAAUCAGUCCUUACUUCUUGAAAUACAAAAUCUGAAAGAACAGUGCCAAAGUCACAUAGAGGAGAAAGAAGAAGCAAUUUCUAGUUAUGAGAGUUUACGACAAACUCUGGAGAGUUUGCAAACAGAGUUGGGGGAAUCGGCGGGGAAGAUAAGCCAAGAGUUUGAAUCCAUGAAGCAGCAGCAGGCAUCUGAUGUUGAUGAAUUACAGAAGAAGCUUAGAGUGGCUUUCAAUGAAAAGGAUGCUCUUCUUGAAACUGUGAAUCGUCUCCAAGAAGAGGUGGGACAGUUUUCCUCCAAAAGAGAAGAACUAGAAGAACUAAGGCAUGAAAUAGAAGUAUUUAAGGAACAGAAUGAGAAAUAUGUCACUUCUCUUCAGCAGAAAGAUGCCUCUAUAAAAGAACUGGAAGAGAAGGAAAGGGAGCUUUCCACACAGAACAGUAAUAUCCUCGAUGAAAUGAAGUGCUCUUCUGAAAAAAUAAAAAACCUUUGUGAAAAAUACGAAUUAGAGAAAGCAAGGGUAAUAGAACUUCAACAACAAACUGAGGCCCUUAAUAUUUGUAAACAUGACUUAGAGCAGCAGGCAGGAGAAUUAAUGGAAAAGCUGAAAAAUACUUCAGAGGAACAAGAAAAGAACCAACAAAAGCUAGCGGAAUUUGAACAACACAUUCAAGCUCUUCAGCAAGAUAAAGAAUCUCUCUUGUCUGAAUUAGAGGCUUUGCAUGGUGAAAAUACUAAAAUAAAAGAAGAAAGAGAGAGAUGUGACAAGGAAUUGGAAAGCUUUGCAUCUGAAAAAACAGAACACCUAAUUUUUAAAGAGAAAGCAGAUAGCUUAGAAUUGAAAUUGCAAACAGCAUGUGAAGAAAAAGACCAUUUGACUAAAUUACUUGAGGAGGAAAAAGCCUUCAAAUCACUUGUUACAAACCAGUUGCAUGGUCUCCUUGAGACGAUGGGUUCCAAAUACUCAGAGGAAAAUGACAGAGAGGAUGUUUUUGGCAUACUGGAAACUGCAAACAAAUUCUUGACAAAUGUGAAACAGGAGGAACAAAAUCUGAUUUCACAGAAGGAUGAAAAUGUUGUUCUUCAGCAAGAGAUGCAAAGGCUCCAAGAAGAAAAUGUAGCACAUUGUAUGGAGCUUAGAUCUCUGCUGGAGGACUAUGAAAAGGAAAAAGGCCUUUUGAAAGAGGAGUUAGAAGGGGCUCUCUCAGAAAAAGAAGCCCUCCAACUAGAUAUCCAAGAAUUAAAGCACAGCAGUGAAAAAGUCAGGAGUGAGAAUCAAGAACUUCUUGCCCGUAUUGGCAAAAUGUCUGAACAACUUGAACUUAAUGAAAGCAAAAUUAAAGAAGAAGAAGAAAAAUGGAAAGAAGGGGAAAAGACUCUAAGCCUAGCCUUGGAACAAAAAGAAGUGGAACUGCGAGAUGUACAAACUGAGCUUUCUUUGCUAAAGGGUUCUGUGGAAGACUCUUCUGCUAAUGCUGACCAACAGUCGUCAGGGACACAAAAAAUAGAGCAUUUGGAAAAGCAACUAAAAGAGAAGGAAGAAAAAUUAAAUAAAAUUAAAGCAGUUGCUCUGAAGUUAAGGAAAGAAUUGGAAUCUAGCAGGAAAGAGGUGCAGACAUUGAAAGAAGAACUGACAUCGUCACUGUUGGAAAAAGAGCAACUAUCUAACUCGAUGGGAGACAUUAUUCAAGGAGCCGAGAGCUAUAAGAAUCUUUUACUAGAGUUUGACAAACAAGCAGAACAACUGGAUUUUGAAAAAGAGCGAGUUCGAAAUUUUGAAAAGCAAAUUGAUGACCUUACAAGACAGCUGGAGAAUUCAACUCAGCAGCAAGACCAGUAUUGCUCUGCUAAUGAAGAUCUCUUGACUCGAAUCGAGACUCUACAGACAAACACCAAAAUGUUAGAAAGCCAGCUGUUAGAAACACAGAGAGCCAAAGCAAAAGUUGAUAAAGAACUUGAAGCUGAAAAACUUCUAAAAGAACAAAAAAUAAAGGACCAUGCUAAUGCUGCAAAAGAAGUUGAAGAACUCCAAGUACAACUCCAAAAAGAAAAGAAGCAUCUUCAGAAAGUGUUAGAAGAGCUGGAAUUGGCAAAGAAGGAUGCUCAGAAAAGUACACUGAUGGACAUGGAAAUAGCUGACUAUGAACGUUUUGUAAAAGAACUUAAUCAGAAAAUUACUGACAAAAGCAGCAGAAUUGAAGACCUUGAGCAAGAGAUUAAAAUCCAAAAACAGAAGCAAGAAACUUUACAUGAAGAAAUCAAAUCAUUUCAGAGUACUGUACAAGUAUAUGAGGAAAAGAAUGCCAAAAUCAAGCAGCUUCUGGUGAAGACAAAAAAAGAGUUGGCAGAUUCAAAGCAAGCAGAAAAUGAACUUCUGAGGCUUCAAGCAUCAUUAAAGGGAGAACUGGAAGCAAGUCAGCAGCAAGUGGAAGUUUAUAAGAUUCAGUUGGCUGAGAUUACUUCAGAAAAACACAGAAUUCAAGAACAUCUGCGGACUUCACUGGAUCAACAUCAGCGGGUACUGAAUACUUACCAGCAGAAAUUGGCGGCUCUCCAAGAAGAGUGCAGUGCAACAAAGGCAGAACAUGCUGCUGUUACAUCUGAAUUUGAGAACUACAAAGUCCGUGUACAUAACGUUUUGAAACAGAAGAACAAAAGUUCCCACUCUGACACGGACGUGACAAAGCAAGAAAGAGAACAUAUGGAAAAGGUAAUAGACCAAUUAAAGAUCAAAUUGCAAGACACUCAGCAAAACCUACAAAUGAACUUAACUGAGCUGCAGGCGCUACAGUCUGAACAUGACACCCUGCUGGAAAGACACAACAAAAUUCUUCAGGAAACUGUGGCAAAAGAAGCAGAACUCCGAGAAAAGCUCUGCACCAUCCAGUCUGAAAACAUGGUGAUGAAGUCAGAACAUGGGCAGAUUGUGAGCCAGCUAACAGCCCAAAAUGAAGCUCUUAGAAACAGCUUCCGUGACCAAGUCAGACAUCUACAAGAAGACCAUCGGAAGACAGUGGAGACAUUACAACAGCAGCUGUCCAAAGUAGAAGCCCAGCUCUUUCAACUCAAAAGUGAGCCAAGCACAAAAAGCCCUGCUGCUUCUAGCCUACCAGCAAAGAGCCUGCGAGAACGAAAGAGUGCCGACCUUCCUCUACUUGACGUCCAUACAGUUGCUAGGGAGGAGGGUGAAGGAAUGGAAAUGACUGAUACAGAGUCUGUAUCUUCUGCCAGUACCCAUAUACCAUCCUUAGAACAGCUGCUUAAUACCCCAGAAACAAAAUUUGAACCUCCACAAUGGGAAGCAGAGCUCACAAAAGAACAAUUGAUCCAGAAAUUAAAUACCACAUCAAAGAGUGCUGAUCAUUUAAAUGGACUGCUUCGUGAAUCAGAAGCUACCAAUGUAAUUCUAAUGGAACAAAUAAAGCUUCUUAAAAGUGAAAUAAGGCGUUUAGAAAGAAACCAAGAACGAGAGAAGUCUGUUGCCAAUCUGGAAUAUUUGAAGAAUGUCCUCUUACAAUUUAUAUUUCUAAAGUCUGGCAGUGAAAGAGAGAGGCUUCUUCCUGUCAUAGACACCAUGUUGCAGUUGAGUCCUGAAGAGAAAGGAAAACUUGUUGCGAUUGCUCAAGGUGAAGAAGAGAGCACAUCGCAGCCAUCUGGCUGGGCAUCAUAUUUACACAGCUGGUCAGGACUCCGAUAAGACACUUAUUAUUGAAACAUUCAGAAUCUGGAAUUGCACUGGGAUGAACACUGAAGAAUGAACCAUAUACUAUGUAGCAAGGGUAACGCUUGUUGAUUUUUCUGUUGAUGAUUUUAUAUCUCGUUUUGACUUAAGACUCAAGGAACAGUCAAGGUGUAGAUUCCUUUACAUAUUUAUUUUGCUAUAAGUAUAGGAACUCCGAUGCAGCCAUGCAGGUUUCUUACCUGCAAGAGAUGACCCUCUUGCUUAUCAGUGAAAGCAAAAUAGCACACAACUCUUCUGUGUUUGAAGCUCUCUCCCCUGGAAAUGAGUCUUAAGUUUGCACAUAGAAACAUUUUGUAACUACCUUGGAACUCUAAAUUGGUAUUGCCUCACUUCAAGACACACACAAAAAAUCUGCUCCAAAAAAGUGAGCUAUGCAAUUCAGUUGUGAGUUUGUAAAACCAAGUAAUUUGUUGUUGUUUUUUCACCCCAACAUUGUUCCUUUAAUGCCAUCACAUAAAUAUUUUACUUAGUGAGGGACCUUGAAACACAGUUUUAGAAUUGCUUCUUCAUCUCAAGGCAAGAGAGGAAUACAAAAAAUGAAGUAUUUGGCUCUCUGCCGUACCUUCAAUUUAUUCAAUACUAGGAAUGUUGCCAAACGUAUUUAGUGAUUCCUCCAACUCAUAAGGUAAUGCCUGGUGUGUA